AUGCGUCACCUCCACACGUACCUCCUGCGUCACCAAACAAGCAGCUUGAUCAGUAACCUCGCCAACAAUGCUGAGGAUGGUACUCACCCUCAAGACGCCCCCCCCCCCCCCCCGCCCGCCCGAGGCCCGCCCACCAGUGCUCGCCCGCCCCCGCCCGCCCCACCCGCCCCGCCCGCCCCGCCGCAGCCUCCUGUUCGCCCGAGGUCACUCAACCUCGCGGGCGGGCCGAUGCACUCACGAACGAGGGAUAAAAACGGUCCCGUAAGCGCCGGGGAUUCGGGUUUUGCGCCGCUGAUGGAUACAGGAAGUCGCCACUCUAGCGCCGCCGCCUGGCCGCUCCCGCGCUCCGGCACCGUAAUACCUGUGAUUGUUUCGCCUCCAUCACGUGUGGGCGCUUCCGCCGCGCGGAGGAGCGGCCGCGGCGACGGCGGCGGAGGGAGCGCGGGCGAGCGCCGCUCCCGCCCGUCGCCGGCCCUCUAA